UUUUGCACUUUGACAACUUUUUUCUGUUGGAAAAAUAAUUUUGGGUACAUGUUUUUUUGCUGCAAGCUAUUGGUAGAGGAAACAAAGAAGUUGUAUUGUUGUAAUUGUAACUAUAUAUGUUUAAAAAAAAAAACAAGACCAUAGCCAUCGGUAACCUUAAAGAGACAUAAAAAAGGCCAAAUGUCAAAAAAUAAAUGUCCUGUUCCUGGCAUCUUAUCUCACUUGGCAUUUUUCUCUGGGGCGCGAGUUCUGAAACACCUGUAUAUCUAUCUACCUGCUUAAUGUAGCCUUGAAUUAUUAUUUAUCAACGUAACAAGUUUAGUAAAUAAAUACUGUAAUCAUUAAAAAAAAAAGUGUUUUUAUGGUGGGUUUUAUUUUUAUUAGAAGCCACUACGACAGCUCUUAUCUACCGUCCUAUCAUGACGUCCAUUGCGCGCUCCGUUUCUCAAUUUAAGCGAUCUCAAAUCGUGCGAGACCUUCAACUCAUCAACAUUGUUCGUAAAAUGUCUACUAAAAUUUUAGACAUCGAUACUCCUAUCGUACCUCUCGCCGACGCUCACCGCUUCAUCAGUGAUUGUAUGGUAGCUGUGGGAACACCAAAGAAGUAUGCGGAUAUAUUAGCUGCCAAUCUCGUCGCGGCGGACUAUCGGGGGCAUUACAGUCAUGGGAUGAAUCGCUUAGAUAUGUAUGUGAGAGACGUCCAAGGGGGACUUUGUGACUGCAAAGCUACCCCCUCUGUAAUCAAAGAAACGGCCGCCACAGCUUGGGUCACUGGAAAUAAUGGUCUGGGGGCAGUAGUGGGAGAAUUUUGCAUGGAAUUGGCCAUUAAGAAGGCGAAAUCUGUCGGAAUUGGGAUGGUAGUGGCCAAAGAGUCAAAUCAUUAUGGUAUUGCUGGUAAGUAUAGUUUACAAGCAAUCGACCAAGGGGUUUUGGGGUUGAGUUUUACGAAUACAUCUCCCUUAAUGGCCCCGACACGAGCCAAAGGCUCGGCUUUAGGAACAAAUCCACUAUCUUUGGGGGCCCCUGCUGCCGGUGGAGACUCUUUCGUGUUGGACAUGGCAACAACAGCAGUCGCAGUUGGAAAGAUCGAGUUUCAAAAACGAAAGGGUCAAGCAAUUCCUGAAGGGUGGGCCCAAGAUGCCCACGGCAAAAUCACAACCGACCCGUCAGUCGCUUACGACGCUAAGCGUUUAAUGCCUUUGGGAGGGUCCGAAAUUAAUUCGGGAUACAAAGGGUACGGUUUGGCAGCAUUGGUGGAAAUAUUUUGUGGAAUACUUGGAGGUAGUGCUUAUGGUCCGAAUAUCCGCAAGUGGGGAGAUUCAAGCAAGAAGGCUGACUUGGGGCAAUGUUUCAUCGCGAUUGAUCCCGAAUGUUUUGCGCCAGGGUUUCAAGGCCGGCUGGGUGAUUUGUUAUGCAGCUUGAGGAAUAUGCAGCCGGCUGAUCCUGCUAAACCUGUUCUGGUAGCUGGGGAUCCCGAGAGGUUACAUAUGGCGGACGCGGAUAGAGCGGGAGGGGUGAGAUAUGUGGAAGAUCAGCUCAACACAUGUCGGGAUUUGGCUAAGAAGUUACAUGUCAAGCCUUUGGUGGCCGCUUGAAGACAAAGAUCUCAACUGUAAUAUGGGCUGAGUGAAAAUUUGUUGAUUUAGAAAAGUGUUUCGAAUACAAUGGCUGUUGAUUGGUGCUUAAUGACAAUGAAAGUGCCAAAGUUAUGUUACUUAAGACGUUUAUUUAUUAAUAAAUGCUUUUUAUGCGUUUUAAA